AUGACUAGGUCUCAUUCCGUAUUUCUCCCUUUACCUUUUAAAGACGAAAGACAGAACAGAUUCUCGCUCUGCAAAUAUAGAAGGAUGAAUUCACGGACGGAGCAUGCGCGUGUCCCUCUACUUAUCCACCACUUCCUUCUAUCUUCCUUUGAAUUGGUAGCUGUUGAAGUAGGAUCUUUGGCUGAGUCUCUGGAUCACCUUCUUUCCAUCGAAUUUUUGGCUGAGGCUCUUUCUAGAUACCCUUCUUUCCAUAGGGAUCUUUGGCUGAGUCUCUGGAUCACCUUCUUUCCAUCCGAAUUUUUGGCUGAGGCUCUUUCUAGAUACCCUUCUUUCUAUCGGGAUCUUUGGCUGAGUCUCUGGAUCACCUUCUUUCCAUCCGAAUUUUUGGCUGUGGCUCUUUCUAGAUACCCUUCUUUCCAUAGGGAUCUUUGGCUGAGUCUCUGGAUCACCUUCUUUCCAUCCGAAUUUUUGGCUGAGGCUCUUUCUAGAUACCCUUCUUUCCAUAGGGAUCUUUGGCUGAGUCUCUGGAUCACCUUCUUUCCAUCCGAAUUUUUGGCUGAGGCUCUUUCUAGAUACCCUUCUUUCUAUCGGGAUCUUUGGCUGAGUCUCUGGAUCACCUUCUUUCCAUCCGAAUUUUUGGCUGAGGCUCUUUCUAGAUACCCUUCUUUCCAUAGGGAUCUUUGGCUGAGUCUCUGGAUCACCUUCUUUCCAUCCGAAUUUUGGCUGAGGCUCUUUCUAGAUACCCUUCUUUCCAUAGGGAUCUUUGGCUGA